AUGCCGUCUUCAUCCGACUACGCGUCCGACUCCUCAGGCGACACACUCAUCAAACAAGACUACCCUUCUUCUCCAUCUCCAUCAAGCUGCCCCUCUUCACCCAUUGACGAAAAGAAGCGGCGCCGCUACCACCGUCUUCACCCGCCAUCUUCGGCGUUGUCGAGCUUGCUCCUCUCGCGCAAGAACCUUGAUGGUGACGACGACGCCAGCGGAGGCUACGUGAUGCGUGACCCGCGGGCCCACCGAGUCCACAAGCUCUUGCUCGGGUGCGUAGGUGUUCUCUCCAUCCUGUGCGUGUCCCUCAUUAUUGCCGUGGUAAAGCUCAGCGCCACGCCCAAGGACGUCUUUCGACAUGUCCCGGAGGCAAAGGCGGAAGUCAUCCAUACUCCUGGCGUGAUGCCUCCGAUCUUGGGGCCUGAAUUUACCAAGAGGACGGUGCUCUUUCAGCGGAACGAGUCGUUCAUGGGAAGCAAGGAGAAAGCUUAUCCUGCAUGGCAUGAGAUCUUACACCGUGCACGCCAUGGCCGUGUGGCAUUCGACAGCAUGCCCGGCGAGUUUUACGGUGUUGCAGGAUACCAUCAACUCCAUUGUGUGUGGCUCCUCCAAUGGGCAGUCGAUUAUUCAGUCCGAGGGAUCGUGCCCGACGAGUUGACCGCCGAUCAUAUGUUCCAUUGCACAGAGUACCUGCGGCAGUCGGUUAUGUGCUACGCGGAUCCAACUUUGGAAAGGCGGUUUGAAGGCAUCCUGGGACCAUUCAGCGCCAACAAUACUCAUGUAUGUGGCGACUGGGAGAAGUUGAUGGAUUGGGCAGAUGACCAUAUCUACCUCGGACCGUACCUUAAUCCCACCACCAAGUUGCCACCUUAG